AGAUCACUCUGUUUCUUGUUUCUGCUCCUCAAAUGAGGCAUGCAUGUUUAGGUGACUAACUACGGGAAUAUCAAAAUGCCUAAUCUUCAACAUCCAGCGUACCCAGCAGCUGCACUACUUCAAUUGGAAAGUUUGGUGCCUUGUCGAGAAUCCCAAGUGUCCAUGUUGCUGUCAAUAUUUGGGGAGCGUCAGCAGUUUAGUUUUCCAUCCAUCUUCAUCUACGGACAUACAUCUAGUGGAAAGACCUAUGUGAUGCAAACUCUUCUAAACACCUUACAGCUUCCUCAUGUGUUUGUGAACUGUGUGGAAUACUUUACUUCACGACUUCUUUUAGAAGAAAUUCUCAUCCAGUUGCAAAGCUGUUCUUCUGAGACAGAACAGGCUUCCCAUGUGCCUUGUGAUAAUUUCAAUGACUUUGUACGUCUGUUUAAACAAGCUGUUGCGAGUCGAGAGCUUCAAGAUCAAACAGUAUACAUUGUACUGGAUAGAGCAGAGCAGCUGAGGGAAAUGGAAGCAAACAUCCUGCCAGUGUUUCUUAGGCUUCAAGAGUUGACUGACAGAAAUGUGACAGUUGUCCUGCUCAGUGAAAUAGUAUGGGAACUGUUCCGUCCAAAUACUGGAUGCUUUGAGCCAUUCACCUUGUAUUUUCCUGAUUACAGCAUAGGGCACCUGCAGAAGAUCCUGUCUCAGAAUCAUCCCCCAGAAUAUUCUGCAGAUUUCUAUGCUGCAUAUAUCAAUAUUCUGCUUGGUGUCUUCUACAUGGUCUGUAGGGAUCUGAAAGAACUUCAGCAUCUGGCAGCACUCAAUUUUUCUAAAUACUGUGAACCAGUGGUCAGAGGAGAAGCAAAUGAACGUGACACCCGCAAACUCUGGAAAAAUAUUGAACCUCAUCUGAAGAAGGCAAUGCAGACUGUUUAUCUUCGGGAAAUAUCCAGCUCACAGUGGGAACGCUUACAGCGUGACGAUGGAGAACCUGGGCAGUUGAAAGGACUUUCUGCACAUACACAUGUGGAACUUCCUUAUUACUCCAAAUUUCUUCUAAUAGCUGCUUACCUUGCCUCCUACAAUCCUGUUAGGACAGAUAAGAGGUUCUUUCUUAAGCAUCAUGGGAAAAUUAGAAAGACCAACUUCAUGAAGAAACACGAAAAGACCAGCAAUCACCUCCUUGGGCCAAAGCCGUUUCCCCUGGACAGGUUGUUAGCAAUAUUAUACAGUAUUGUGGACAACAGAGUUGCUCCAACUGCAAAUAUCUUUUCCCAG